AUGCCGUGUGGUCUCGGGGGCACCAAGACUGUCCAGCGCAAGCUUGUCUUGCUAGGCGACGGUGCCUGCGGCAAGACCUCGCUGCUGAACGUCUUUACCCGAGGCUAUUUCCCUACUGUCUACGAGCCGACUGUGUUUGAGAACUAUGUGCAUGGUGGGUUAUCUGAACCAUCAGGAGCAAAUAAACAAUGGCUGACUGGGGUAGAUAUCUUCGUCGACAAUGUCCACAUCGAGCUCUCCCUUUGGGAUACUGCUGGUCAGGAGGAAUUCGACCGGCUGCGGAGUCUUUCUUACGACGACACCGACCUAAUCAUGCUCUGUUUCUCCGUCGAUAGCAAAGACUCCCUUGAAAACGUCGAAUCGAAAUGGGUCUCCGAGAUAGCCGACAACUGCCCGGGAGUCAAGCUCGUGCUUGUUGCCCUGAAAUGCGACCUCCGCGAGCAGGAAGAGGAAGACACAAACGAGGAUGGCACACCUCGCGAGAAAAAGCCCAUGAUUACCUACGAGCAGGGCCUCGAGGUUGCGCGCAGGAUUCAUGCGCUGAGGUACCUCGAGUGCUCGGCGAUGAGGAAUAGGGGAGUCAAUGAGGCUUUUACGGAGGCGGCGAGAGUCGCAUUGAGUGUCAAAAAGGAGAGUGAUCAGGGGAAGUGCAUCGUGAUGUGA